CAACCGCGAGCGUAGGGGACGGACGAUCGGCAAUGCGCGUCGUGCACCACGCUUACGUGUGUACCGGUAUACGGUCGCGUUCCAGCGCAGGGAUGUGUCUCUGUCGGUCUCUCACUCGCCGAAAGCGCACGCACACCACGCACACGUAUAUAUUCGCAGCACUGGCACGCGCGCGCGCGCGCCCAAGCAUUGUGUUCCGAUCUAGUGUCGAUAACGGCGGCGCGCGCGCGACUACUGCACCGGGCCGCGGUGCGAGAGGGAUCCCGAGGGGUCGGGGCGGGCGCGCAAUCGCCAUGUAAUCGCGCGUGAUAACGCGUUCCCGUCGCCACCGCGUGCGGACCAGUUGAAGAAAUCCGCGUCGCCGUCGACCGUUCUCCUUAGCACGCCGCGCGGCCACCGCCGUCGUGCCUUCUUCGCCCGUACCGUUUCCCGAAACCCUUCGCGCGUCGUCGCCCGCGUGCCAACAACGCCUCCUGCUGCCGGCACCGGCGUCCCGAUCAACUCGCCGGUCUGCCCGAGGUACCCGAGUGACCGAUGGACUCGCGUGCGUCUUCGCUGUCACCGGUCGUCGACCCGAACGACUCGAGAUCGCCGCCCGCAUCACCCGUGCCACCGCCAGUGUCGGAGCUCCAGCAAACCGCCGACGUGGAACGCGAAAACGGCCGCCGGAUUCAGUUGCCGUCCACCACGUCCAAGUCGUCACCGACCCGAACGUCACCUCUGCCGUCCGACCAUCAUCACCACCGGGCACUGAUCGCCGGCAUAACUGCCGCUGCCGUCGCCGUGGCCGCUGCAGAUUUUAAAGAGCCUAAAGGAGACAGUAUAGAAGACUACAGGCAAACUUAUGAUGGGUCAAAAAAUAAUAACAAUAAACAGUCAAACGGUCCGUCCAAUAAGCAAAGACGAAGUAGAACCAACUUCACUCUAGAGCAGCUCAACGAACUCGAAAGACUUUUUGAUGAAACUCACUACCCGGAUGCAUUUAUGAGAGAAGAGCUCAGUCAACGUCUUGGUCUCAGUGAAGCUAGAGUACAAGUAUGGUUUCAAAACAGACGGGCCAAAUGUCGAAAACAUGAAAGUCAAAUGCAUAAAGGUCUAAUGUUGCAUCAGAACGUAUCCACGCCUCUAGAACCAUGUCGAGUGGCGCCCUAUGUAAAUGUACCAAGGCUGCCGCAAUUGCAGUUCAAUUCUUCAGCUGCAGCCGCCGCUGCAUUUUCUGCAUUCGACCCAGCAAUCUUGACUGCCGCACAACAGUUACAUUAUGCAGUAGCCAUGGGAAGAGGUGUACUGUGCCCUGCACCAUAUCCUCCUGGCGGUCUCAGUCUAGCUGCUCUCGCAGCACUACAUCAAGAUAGACUAUUAACCAAAAACUCCAGUAUAGCUGACUUAAGAUUAAAAGCUAAAAAACACGCUGAAGCCAUUAAUAGAGAUCAAGAGAUUGUUUAACUUUUUUAGUAUAUUUAAUGUGUUUUUGUUAUUGUUAUCUACGUUAAAACGUUGAACCCAUUCUGAUUCAAAGAGAAUAAACCUGUAAUUAUAUUUUUAAUUCUUCUGGUUAAAAUUCAAAACAUCGUUU